UACAUUCGUUGUAUCAUUGGCACUAAACUCUUUAAACUAUUCAAUUGUGUAUGGAUCUUUUUAACAGAAUCAACAUGGACCAAACAACAGACACUAGCUCUGAAGCAUUCUUCAACAGAAAAGUUCUUCGCCGUCCACUCAACGACAAAGACCCCGUCGAAAACCAGUCCCAAAACUUCUCCAUCGUUUCCUACAACAUCCUAGCCGACUGUCACGUCACGCCUCAAAUGUACCCGUACUGUCCCGAAGAAUGCCUCCCGAUGUCCGCUCGCCAGCGACAGCUAGAAGCGGAAUUACGCUACCUUAACGGCGACAUCGUCUGUCUACAAGAAGUUGGAACAACCUACUACAACGAGAGCCUCUUACCCAUGAUGCAAGAACAAGGCUACGAUGGAUACAGAUUCAAAGAGAAAGUUCUUGGGACUCCGGAAGGAGUCGCAAUGUUUUUUCGGACAUCUAGGUUUAGUGUCGUGGACUUUGCUUCCUUUGACUUCAACUCCAAGUUCAAAGAACUAAUCAAGAGUCAUGUGGCGGAAUCGGAGAGAGUUUACGUUUACAAGUACUUGGAGAAGUCUAGCGUGAUGAUGAUGUGUAAGCUUUGCUGUAAGGAGACGGGUCGUGAGGUCAGUGUGGGGACCUUACAUGUGAUCUGGUGGAUGGGACUGAUACCAAGCGCCCCCCAGCAUGUGGAGGUGGAUGUGCAGUCUCUGCAGAUCUCUGUGGCCAUGAACGAGUUGGUGAAGUUUGCGGGAGGCGUGGACCAACCGCACAUCCUGUGCGGAGACUUCAACUCGAGCCCGUUCAGUCCAGCGUACGGGAUCCUCACCAGGGGAUACCUCGGCGGGGGAGGGUACGAGAUGUUCCGCGCUCUUCGGCCGUUCAAGGUGUCCGACAAUCAGAGUAAGUGUUUGAUUGAACUGUUGCCAUCCAGCGUAUUCUCACAUCCAUCUAAGUCUCUGAAGAGUGCCUAUGCUGAAGUCAAGGGAAAAGAACCAGACUUCACAGACUACGAUGGUGCGUUUGUGGAGUGCCUGGACUACAUCUGGUACAGCUCGGACAGCGUACGCGUGACAGAGGUGUUGGACACGGUACCGGAGUCAGCCAUUGCGCCACUCACCGGCUGUCCCAACAGGGUCUUCCCUUCCGACCAUCUCUCACUCAAAGCUGUGUUUCAGCUCAAAGUGUAACAUUCUAAGGGU